UGAAAAAGAGCCAGGCAGAGUCCAAAACAACACGGUCACUUAGGCCGAGAUUGAUCAGCUCCAGAGCGGAGCAAAUGAAAGCUUCCGCUUCACCCAGCAGCUCCGGCCGUUGCGAUUUUCCAAAGUGGGAUGGGUCGGUUGCGAAAGAUUCUCAUUCCUUUUGCGGGAUUGGUCCUGGCCUUCUGGUUUUAUUCAGCGAGGGAGGAUUUCAAACCUGAGAUGCUGAAAGGGAAGCGAGUGAUCGUCACUGGAGCAAGCAGUGGAAUUGGAGAGCAAAUGGCCUACCACCUGGCACAGAUGGGAUCUCAUCUUCUGAUCACGGCACGGACAGAGGCCAAGCUACAGAAAGUUGUUGCACGGUGUCUAGAGCUGGGCGCAGCAUCCGCGCGGCAUGUGAGUGGCAGCAUGGAGGACACGGCCUUUGCUGAGCAUGUGGUGAAGGAGGCGGAAGAGUUACUGGGAGGCCUGGACAUGUUGAUCCUCAAUCACAUCGGCAGCUCGUACUUUCACUACUUUAACGGGGAUGUCGGGCACGUGCGGAAGCUCCUCGAGACUAACUUUCUCAGCUACGUGGCCAUGACCGUCUCUGCCCUGCCGAUGCUCAAGGAGAGUGGGGGCAGCAUCGUGGUGGUUUCCUCCAUGGCAGGUAAAGUCGGGUUUCCCUUCACCGUUCCGUACUCCGCGACUAAGUUUGCCCUGGAUGGCUUUUUCAGCUCCUUGAGGCAGGAAUUCGCUCUUCAGAACACCAACAUUUCCAUCACGCUCUGCAUCCUUGGCUUCAUCAAUACUGACAGUGCCAUGAAGGCUGCUGCAGAUGUGGUGCUUAUCCCCCCUGCACCAAAGGAGGAGUGUGCGCUGGAAAUCAUCAAGGGGGGAGCCCUCCGCCAGCGGGAAGUCUACUACACAUAUGCAACUAUCAAGUUCUCCCUCCUGCUCCGGGACUGGGCUGCAGACCUCCUGGAUUAUCUCAUCCGUAGGGAGUACAACCUGGAGAACCUAGAGAAAAAGUAAUCUGUAGCAGCCUUCGGGUGUUUUCCCUGUUCCUACCCUCUCGCAUACCCUUGGCCAAGGCCAGGCAAGCUGUGCAGCUCCCCAGCACAGGUCCCUCAUUUAGGGGAAGCAAAGAUAGGACCCCAAAUAUUAUGAUCCCGGGAUCCUAUGGCACUUGACGGUGUGCGUCCAUCCCAGUCCUUGGAGGAGGAGUAAUGAAUGCUAGGCUGGAAAAGCUCAGGUUUUGGACUAAGGUUUCUGAAUUUGGUGUGCUGGGGCUGCAUUCCCCACCCUAACCCCUCCUUUGUCUGCACUCCGGCCCCUGCAGCUGAGCUGAUUAAGGAUUAAGAGACCCAGGGAGUACUGUCUUUAGAAGGUGCCUGUGUCCCUGCUUUGGGGGCUGUAUCAGUCAGCUGUGUGAGAAGAGCCCUUUGCAUAGCCCGUCACAGGGGAAAGGAACUUAGUUUCUCCUUUCUCCCCCUCUACCGGUGGAUAAGAGCUUUGCAGCAGGUAGCUUGGAAAUUCAUGGCAGCAAUGAGAUACCCUAAUUAAGACAGCCCCAGAGGGCUGAAAUCUGACUGUUGGUUUGAAAAAUAAAACAAACCCCUCUCUGCUUGGAUGUUUCAGGUGAGAGACACUCCCUGGAGGCCUUGAUUUUGCACGGGGCUAGUAGGCCACAUGCAUUUUGACUGGAGGAUGCAAUUCCUUCAGAUGGGUGCAUUCUCUUAUCUACACAGUCCUGGCUGAAAAUCCAGAAAAGCUGUAUCCUGUCCCAGGCACAGUCACAUAAUUUCUACCCUAGAAAUGUGCUAACUUCUGCUCAAGAGAUGAGACUGGCACGCCUGAAAGUCAGGCCCCUUGCCUUUUGAGGCCUAACACCCACAAAGUCAGAGGUUAUCAUGCCUGAAAAAAAUCAAUCCAACCAGGUAACUGAAACAGGCAGAAAUGCAGAAAAGCUCAUUGCUUUUUAAUCUGUAGUAUUCAGAAAGCAGAAGCACCAAUACAGAGUGCUUGGCUGGCAAUGCAGGGACCUAGGAGCACCGGAAAAGUCUCGAAUGCCAGCCCAAAAAUGUCUUUAACCUCCCGGUCUGACCCCUUCAGUUCUGGAGCACGGCCAGAUACCGGGCAGUAUUUACAUGACGGGGCAAUGCGAGCUGUCUCCAGCCAAGAGCAAUGCUAGGAAGAACCGGUCUCUGGUUUCUUUCCCCCCCAGUUUGUAGCCUCCUCGCGUAUAAAAUUGGAGCUGGAGAGACUUUCAAAAUGCAAAUUUUUUUUUUUACCCCACACCAGAGACCAGAAUAAUUUUUCCCAGCAUUUUCAACCCUUUCCCAGCCAGCGAUAAAUGUUUAUUAUUAUUGCACAGAUAGUCUCUGCUUCCCAAAGAGUCCUCAACAGACAGACACUGCUGGGCUCCAAAGAUCGUGGCCAAGAGCAAUAUUUCACAGCACAAAAGACUGAAUCCCCUACAGCUGCCACAGCCAGCCCUGACUGCUCCCUCCCACUAAGGAAAAUGUGGUAACAUGAACUAAUUAUUGAAUUAAAAAUGACUAACCUUA